AUGCACAGGACAUAUAGGAAGAUUGCACGGCUGGUUAGGACAGCACUGAUGAUUACACUCAGACCGGGUUCAGUGAGUACGAUAUCAGAUGCACUUCUUGCAGCAUCGGUUGCAUCAGCAACAGCUAUUCCAAUAUCGGCCUUUUUAAGAGCAGGGGCAUCGUUCACCCCAUCACCAGUCAUCCCACAUAUAUGCUUCCGAGCUUGCAAACGCUUGACAAUUUCGUACUUGUGCUCUGAGACCAAGAACAUAAAAAUUUCCAAAAUAUCCAACACAUCAUGGGAAAAAGGGAAUACAAACGAAGAUGUACCAGGAAAAACACCAGCAAAGCCAUCGGCCUUUUCGAUCAAUUCAUCGAUCGGUAAAGCAGCAAUGGACUCGUCUUUGUCCUGUCCUAAUAAAGAAGAGGAAGGAUACAUGUUUGUACCCAUUCCCAAACGACGCCCUAUUCAGAGCCCUUCGGAUUGUCUCGGCACUAUCAUGCCUAGGAGGAUCAAAAAGUGGCAUGAGCCCAAAAAAUUGCCAUGGACCUCCUGGGCUCUCUUUCCUUCCUUCAGGAACUUCCUGUAG